AUGGCGCCCACACAGAUCAUUGGGCCUUCCCACCGGCCGCUGCUGGUGUUCAUGUGCUGCCUCGUUGUGGUCAGCUUCACUGUUACGCUUGGAACGCCUGUUACACCCACGGCGCCUGUUUCAGCAGGGAUUGGUGCUGCAGCAAGAAGCACUGCCACGCCCGCAGUUCCUGCUACCACGGGCACUCAGGUUACUCCUACAAUUCCUGCUACAACCCGGCCUCUGUCUACCCCUGUGGUCAGCCCCGCUGCUGCCAGUAGCACGACUCUAGGGGCCCGUCCUUCUGCUCCUGCUGCUGUGCCUGUCUCAACACCCACCCGGGGCAACCCCUUUGCUGCUGCUGUAGCUGUCGCAACACCCAUGAGAGGUCGCCCUUCUACUGCUGCUGCUGUGCCUACCUCGACGCCUGUAAGGGGACUCCCUUCUGCUGCUGCUCUGCCUGUCUCAACAUCUUCCAGAGGACUCCCUUCCACUGCAGCUGUGCCUGUCUCAGCAGCCAUGAGAGGCCGCCCGUCCACUGCUGCUGCUCUGCCUGCCUCUGCAUCCACUAGGGCCCGCCCUGCUGCCGUGCCUGUGUCAACACCCGUAAGGGGGCUCCCUUCCACUGCUGCUGCUGUGCCUGCCUCGGCAUCCACCAGGGCCCGCCCUGCUGCCACAGGGGAUUCGCCAGUCGUCCUUCCUGCAACUUCCACCACCCGUAACCUUCCCACCCAGGUGCCCUCCCAGUUACCCUCCCCACCAACUGCCGCUACCAGCAGCAGCAGCAGUGCAAGCGGAGGAGGGGGGCUGGGAGGAAUGAUGGGUUUCCUUGGCCCUCUGACGUCCACCUUCACAAGGGUGUUUGACGUGAAUUGGCUCACAGGAACGUUCUUUUCUGUCGGCUCCUGGUUCUCUUCUCUGGUGCGUGGGCAGCAGUAG